GACGCCGUCCUAGAGCCAGCGUGAGAGACGUUUACGUCGGUGGCGCCUGGGAGCGCGAGGUCGCGGGGUUUCCGAGAGUGCGCAGUGGGUGCGUCGGCCACGACCCUUCGGCCGGGUUAGGGGGGUGACGCUGAGAUGGGGGCGGCGGCGGCGGAAGCGGACCGCACUCUCUUUGUGGGCAACCUGGAGACUAAAGUGACCGAGGAGCUCCUGUUCGAGCUUUUCCACCAGGCUGGGCCAGUAAUAAAGGUGAAAAUUCCAAAAGAUAAGGAUGGUAAACCAAAGCAAUUUGCAUUUGUGAAUUUCAAACAUGAAGUAUCUGUUCCUUAUGCAAUGAAUCUACUUAAUGGAAUCAAACUUUUUGGAAGGCCCAUCAAAAUUCAGUUUAGAUCAGGAAGUAGUCAUGCCUCACAGGAUGUCAGUUUGUCAUAUCCCCAGCAUCAUGUUGGAAAUUCAAGUCCUACCUCUACAUCUCCUAGCAGCAGAUAUGAAAGGACUGUGGAUAACAUGACUCCAUCAACACAGAUAAUUCAGAGAUCUUUCUCUUCUCCAGAAAAUUUUCAGAGACAAGCAGUGAUGAACAGUGUUUUGAGACAGAUGUCAUAUGGCGGAAAAUUUGGUUCUCCACCUCUGGAUCAGUCAGGGUUUUCACCAUCCGUUCAAUCACAUAAUCAUACUUUUAACCAGUCUUCAAGCUCUCAGUGGCGCCAAGAUACAACAUCAUCACAGCGUAAAGUCAGACAGAACUCUCAUCCCUACGUAGCAGAUAGACAUUAUAGCCGGGAACAGCGUUACAGUGAUCAUGGGUCUGACCAUCAUUACAGAGGAAGCAGGGAAGAUUUCUUCUAUGAAGAUAGGAAUCACGAUGGCUGGAGCCAUGACUAUGAUAACAGAAGAGACAAUAGUAGAGAUGGAAAAUGGCGUUCAUCUCGACACUAACAAGUGUUAAAAAGACACUCCUUAUAGGGUCAUUUUAGGCCCUUUGACUCAGUUGAUCUGGAAAUAAUUUUGUUGAAAAACUGUACAGAGCAGCUUUAGAAGUUGACACAUUUCUUUGUAAAUUUUUUAAAACCUAGUUACAAUUUACUACAGAAAUGAGAAUUGUUCCAGUUUUAUUAUAUUAAUAACCUUUCACCUCAGGGUUUUAUGAAGAGGAGUGGGUUUUAUGCAAAAGAAAGUGCCACAAUUCCUAAUCAUUUUAGACACUUUGGGAAGGGAUGAAUUAUAUAGAUUGAUUGUGUGAUAAAGUAAAUAUUUUAAUUAUUUGUUAUCUUUUUGUAUUGCAAGAAAUUUCUUGUUAGUCAGAUUUUGGUGUGUAUAAUAGUAAACAUACAAGCUGACACUCUGAAAUGGCUAUUGGUAUUUUGUUAAUAGAAAAUACAACUUUUCAGUGAUUCAUUUUACUAACAUUUGAGAAAGCUUAUUGGUAAAGUUAGAGGAUAAAUCAUAUUGCUUAACUUCUUAGAGAAUUUAAGUAUAAAUUCUGUGACAGUCUCUUGAGUUUUACCCUAGUUAAACAUAAAAGUGUAAAUCUACACAUACUGUUUCAUUCUAAAAUUUUAGAAUUUGUGCAUUAUGUUUGUAUGACUGAAGUCACUCAGGAAGUUAAACAUCUCUAUGUAUAUAUUUUUACAUUGAAAAUUCAGUGUUAGUAUAAAUCCUUUUCAGGAAGAAUAAAAAUGUCAAUGUGUGGUUAGACAAAAUGGUAAAAUGUUUUACUGAAAGUAUACUUUUUUGGAAAAAAAAAAUUCAUGAAGCUUGUCGGUGCUGCCUCUGUCAUUCAAACUUUAAAAAUUUUAACAUUUGCAAAGUACCCACCACGUCUAUAAGAACACAUUUUAUGGAGAUUGUACAGGUUGCUUUUUUGUUUGAAUCUUUGAAAGAAUUUAGUCUUAACAUUUACUGAUUUUAAAAUUUUAAAAUCUUUUUUAAGGAAACUUGUGUGUAUCAAGAUACUGUUCCCCUUUCAUUGCAGAGUUUAUAAAAAUUCCAUGAAAAAUAUGGAUCCUUUUUAUUACCACAACAUUUGUACUAUGUUACUUUUUAAUAUAUUAAAAACAUAAAAGGA